GCAAAAGUGGAUAAUGCUAUAAUAAUCCACUGAUACCGAUGGCUUUACUGUGGUAAACUUUUAUAAUGGAAGACACGAUAGUUGAAAUAAUCUCAGUUGCAUAAUCUUCCACGACUGAUGUAAGGUAUCCAGUUUUAACACGACGGCAUAAUGAGAACAGGAAUACGGAGAUUGUUUUUUCUACGGGAGUUAUGACAAUAUGAUACUUGAUAUCUGCUUUGAUUGGAACUUGCACAUCCUGAUCAAGGCAAGUGAGCGCAGGUAAACUAUACUGCGCAUAAAGCUCGCGGGAGCGCAGACAAUCAAGUACAUGACUGUACAAACAAGAGUGACAACGAGGAUAUACCGCGCACCACAGCAAAGGAAAACAAUUAGAAAAAUCUUUCCCUACCAUAAACUGCUUUGCCAAGAGAUAUCCUUUCUCCUCCCAGUCCUGCUUCUUGAUCCUCUUUAACCCAAUAUGCCCCUAUGGCUUCCUGUCCCGCGCCCCACCUAUUCCCAGGCUCGGGAGAACCUUGUGAAGUCACUGCCCCCUAACCUGAUCUGCUCCCUCUCCUGUGGAGGUAAACUCUGCCGCUACGAGGGGCCAGCUAACUGGAGUCUGCAGCAGCAGGUCAUACGAGGGCUUUACUCAGAAUGGGUGACGGAUGAUAUCGUUGCUAUGGCGCGACCCUCCACCACACUCAUUAAGGAAUAUAACAUUAUAGAGCAAUUCACAAAGUUGAACAUCAAGUCCAUCAUUAAUAUGCAGGUCCAGGGGGAGCAUGCUCACUGUGGACCCCCCUUGGAACAAGAGAGUGGGUUCUCGUAUGUACCACAGAUCUUGAUGGAAAAUGGAAUCUAUUUCUUUAACUUUGGAAUGCCAGAUUUUGGGGUGUCAUCCCUAAUUCGGAUAUUAGAUGGGGUGAAAGUGCUCACAUUCGCUCUGAAGGAGGGGAAGGUGGCAGUGCACUGCCAUGCAGGGCUGGGACGAACAGGAGUCCUUGUAGCCUGUUAUUUGAUUUACGCCACUCGAGUGAGUCCAAGUGAAGCCAUCCACUUUGUUCGGAUAAAACGGCCCUCCUCUAUACAGACCCAACCUCAGAUUGACCUGGUCUUCGACUUUGCCCGCUUUCUUGCUCCUCACUUAAUCAUGUAUGCUAAUGUGGAUGCCAAAACUUACCCCUUCACCCUGGAGCAGUACCUCAUUCGACAGAAGCAUCUCCUCCAUGGCUACGAAGCACGGAACCUAAAGCACAUCCCCAAGAUUGUUGACUUCACCUGUAAGAGACUGAUUAUGAUUGCUCUAAACAAAGCAGACUGCAGAGCCUUGCAGACUGAAGUUGAAAGGGAAUCCUUCAUGCAUGACUUAACUCAUUUGAUAAGACAGACACUGGUCAGGCAAACAUUUCUCCAUAUCACCACUCUGCUGAACGACCCCGAUAACAGGCUGACCCCCUCCGUGAGCUCAGCUACUUCUUGGGGGGAAAAGGAGGGGUUCAAGAAGCGGAAGAGGGAAGUUCUUCAGAACAAGAGAAGUUACAGUGAAUCGGACCUCAGUAAGAUUGUAGUCCUGGAGAAGAAUAAGGACCUGGAGCGCAUGAAGCUUCCUCCAGAAGAGAGCAAUCAGCCUAAUUCUCCAGGGAUGGGAUGUGAAGAUGUGAACGACUCUGCUGUGAUGGGAUGUGAAACUUUAUAUAAGGACUCUCCAGGCCUGGGACAUGAAAACUUAAAUGAAGACCUGAACACUUCAAAUUUAAAAACUGGAGAUUGUCCAACAGCAGUGGCUGAAGACAUGAGCAGUGACUUAGGUGGCACCAAGAAGUCUCCAAAGGAACAAGGGAGUCCAGGACUUGGGACAGUAUCUCUUUCACAGGCUGUUGCUAUAGCAAUGGCAGAGCUGGAACCAAUAGGAAAUGAUCUUUUGAAGGAAAUCCAACAAUGGCAGAAUGACUUGAAUGAGAAUGAAGGUGCCUGGGGAAUGCUGGCUACAGAGACAGACCCUAAAGUCAUGAGUGCUUUAAUGUGGAGGUGGUUGGAACAGCUAAAGGAACCAGUGCUGAAGUCUGAGGACAUUGGACUGUUAUUGUCAAGCAGACAGGAUACUAAGACUAUCUGGGCACUGCAUAAGUAUCAGGGUGAGACUAUUUGUUGCAUCCUUGACUGUAUCAGUCAGCUUACAAGCCUGAGCCCAAAGAUGGAAGAAGCUAUUAUAUGUCGUCUGAUUCGAGCACUGACUGAGUGCUCGGAAGAAGAAGUUAAGACAUUUACUGGACUUCUUGAGCUCUUCAAGACCAUCAUUAAGGAAAAACGCACUCACAAUUUAUUUACAAAAGGACUUGUGAAAACCAAACAUAUGUUGAAAAUGUCUUCUAUCAUGAAAAACAAACAGAAACUGUUCUGAUCCAAAGGACCUUAAAAGAAGAGGAAUUUCACAGUGCAGUCUUAAACAAAGGUCCCAUUGGCCUUUUGACAUUUUAUGUGUGAUGUUUAAUGAUUUCCAUUGUGCAUGGUUACUCUAAAUCAGAGCUCAGAAUUGUUAGCAAUUUUCUGUGUUUCAAUGAUAAUAAAAACACUGAUACAAAAAAAUGGUCUUCAGUGGCAAUGCAGUGGGACUACCCAGACAAUGUAAUAUUCUGUAGUAAGGGAAAAUGGUUCAAGAGCUACUACAUUAAAAUAGUAUUUUAAUGUAGUUUUUGGUAAAAUGGUCAUAUAUAUCACAUUGGAUCAAUAUAUGACAUUGUAUUAAAAAAACUGGUAAUCUAUUUCAGCACACUGGUACCAUAGCAGUACCAGUUUGACAUUGUAAUACAACUGUGCAAUAUUUAUUGCAAAUAAAUUGCAGUAGGAUUGCUGGUAAUUCCCCAGUCUGAUAAUAGUUCUGCUGGGAUUUUUUGAGGUAAUACACUGGUAUUAUAUCAGUAUCCCAAUGGUAUAAGAAUGGUGGAACUGUUGUAUUUGUAUAUUACACUAAAUAAAUCCUUCCAUGAAGUGCUUUGUUCCAGACUUGCACAAAAAUGUUUUGUAGUUUAAAUAUAUUAUUAUUUUAUUAAUUUACUGGUAUUUAAAAAUAUACUAUUGACAUAUUAUGCAUUUCAGAUGUUUGCAUUGUUUGCAUUUUUUAAAUAUUCAGUUCUUUUGAUCGAUUUUACUGCUGCUGUGUUUUUGCGAUGCUGUUUUUGUGGUUCUGUUUUAUGUUUUAAUUCUUCUUCUGCCACCUUGAAGUUCCAGCUUUGCUCAAUCCUCAAGAAAUCAUUCCAGGAAGAUGCCAAGUCUUCAAAUAAAAUGUUCAAAUGUACUGUGCAAUACAGUGUUUGAAAAAGGA